GUCGGGAAUCGGUUGGAUAAAGGCGAUCGCGCUUUAACGGAGCAGCAUCGGAGUCGCGUGCCGCAUCCCUAGCGUUCUCAGAUCGGUCACAUAUCAUUCCAGGGGGAUUUGAGUUUUUGCAGAAGAUAAAGAAGUCAUUUCAGCUCUCCCUGAUGCAGGGCUCCGAAGGGUGCUACUGACGCUCCUACUUUAUUUUGGCGGAUGAAAAUGUUUGGUUUGUGCUUGUAAAACUUCAGCUCGUUUUCAGAGGAUCGUUUCAUCUUUCGUUCGGGCAAACCGGAGAGGAGUAGAGGGGAGACCGGUUUACCCAAACCGGAUUCUGGAUUGGAUAUCUGGGGAAACUAACCGUUCGUUUGCACAUAGGAGCUUUCCCUCUUCGCCUUUCCACCAGUUUUCAGGAGAUCAGAGGUGGAGAACAACACUUAAAGGAGUCUCAGCUGCCAGACAAGUGAAUCAAUGCCAAGUCCUUGUCCUCUUCAGACAGCCUAGCGAAGGUGCAGGAGGUAGCAAGCUGGCUUUUGGAAAUGAACCAGGAUCUGCUGUCGGGGGGCAGCGGCAGCAGGGCGGCCCAGCAGCAGAGACCGAGACCCGGAACAGCGGGGGCAGGUAACAGCAUCUCAGGCCGCACACCUCAGCCCCAGCCAGAGCACCCGGACCAGGUGCUGGAGGAGCCGGAGCAGGAGGAGGCGCAGCAGCAGAGAAGAGAACCAGCUGAGGAAGAGGGAGGACCGGAGCGGCAGCGGGACGGUGACGAGCAGCCAUGGCCUUCCGGAGGCGAGCCGGUGGAGGACGGAGAAGGGCGGAGGAGCGAGGUGAACGGAGACGAAAAAGGCGCCCAGUGGCUUUGGGAGCAGGAGCAGCGCAGGAGGAGAAGACCGCAUCGCGAGGAUGAAGAAGAGAAUGAGGAGGAGGAGGAGAAUAAUAACAGUGGGAGGGAAGGACAGGUCGGGGCAGGACUUCGUUCGGAGGAAGAUGACGACCGGCCGGAGGAGGACAAUGAGGGUGAGGAGGAAAUGGACCAGGACAGCGAUGAGUUUGAACAUUCGGAGGAGAGCGAGAGAGAAGAGGAGGAGGAUGGUGAAGAGGAGGAAGGAGAGGAAGGCCUCCAUUCGCCCUCACUUAGGACCAGUGUUUCUGACCAUAACGAUAACACGGACCAGUCUUCUGGACGACCGCGCCAAAGUUUACGCUCACCGAAUAGGAUGAAGAGAAAGUUGGACCAUGGCCCAGAGGUUCGAUCUUUCACUACAGGAAAAAAGCCCUGUCCAAGUCCCACAGGACAGCAAUACCCAGCAACAUUUGGAGACCUGCGAGCGGUCAAUGGGCAGAUUCCGCAGAGACGACGGAUUACAUCCAUCCAGCCUCCCACAGGCCUCCAAGAGUGGCUCCGCACCUUUCAGAGCUGGAGUGGCCCAGAGAAGCUGCUUGCGCUGGAUGAGUUGAUCGACAGCUGUGAGCCCACGCAGGUCAAACACAUGAUGCAGGUGAUCGAACCGCAGUUUCAGAGAGAUUUCAUCUCACUGCUACCCCGAGAGUUGGCUUUGCACGUGUUGUCAUUUCUGGAGCCAAAGGAUCUGCUUCAGGCAGCUCAGACGUGUCGUUACUGGCGUAUUCUAGCAGAGGACAACCUGCUCUGGAAGGAAAAAUGCAAAGAAGAAGGUAUUGAUGAGCCCUUGCACAUAAAGAGAAGGAAGGUCAUCAAGCCGGGGUUCACACACAGUCCUUGGAAGAGUGCCUACAUCAGACAACACAGAAUAGACACCAACUGGAGGAGAGGAGACCUCAAGUCACCUAAGGUAGUGUUGAAAGGCCAUGACGACCAUGUCAUCACCUGCCUCCAGUUCUGUGGAAACCGCAUAGUGAGCGGCUCAGACGACAACACGCUCAAAGUGUGGUCUGCUGUUACUGGGAAGUGUUUGCGCACGUUAGUGGGCCACACCGGUGGGGUCUGGUCCUCUCAGAUGCGAGACAACAUCAUUAUCAGUGGAUCCACGGACCGAACGCUCAAGGUCUGGAAUGCAGAGACGGGAGAAUGUAUCCACACGCUGUACGGUCAUACCUCAACAGUACGCUGUAUGCACUUGCAUGAGAAAAGGGUGGUGAGUGGUUCUCGGGACGCCACGCUCCGGGUUUGGGACAUCGAGACGGGUCAGUGUUUGCACGUGCUCAUGGGUCACGUGGCAGCCGUUCGCUGCGUACAGUACGACGGCCGCCGGGUGGUCAGCGGAGCCUACGACUUCAUGGUCAAAGUGUGGGAUCCUGAAACCGAGACCUGCCUACACACACUCCAGGGUCACACCAACAGAGUCUACUCUCUACAGUUCGAUGGCAUCCACGUGGUGAGCGGUUCGUUGGACACAUCAAUUCGUGUGUGGGAUGUAGAGACGGGGAACUGUAUUCACACACUCACAGGUCAUCAGUCCCUCACCAGCGGCAUGGAGCUUAAAGAUAAUAUCCUAGUAUCUGGAAACGCAGACUCCACCGUCAAGAUCUGGGACAUCAAGACCGGCCAGUGCCUACAGACACUGCAAGGUCCCCACAAGCACCAGAGUGCAGUAACAUGCCUGCAGUUCAACAAGAAUUUUGUCAUCACCAGCUCGGAUGACGGUACGGUGAAGUUGUGGGACCUUCGGACGGGCGAGUUCAUCCGCAACCUGGUCACACUGGAGAGCGGAGGCAGCGGCGGUGUGGUCUGGCGCAUCCGUGCCUCUAAUACCAAACUGGUUUGUGCAGUGGGCAGCCGGAACGGCACGGAGGAAACCAAGCUUCUGGUGCUGGACUUUGACGUGGACAUGAAGUGAAGGGGUGAACUUACAGGGGACUUGUUUGGAAAAUGGGGAGGGAGGGGAAAGAGCAACCCGUCCCGGGUCAUUCUGCGCCAGGACUGAGCGCUCACUUCAUGGCAUCACCACCUCCCCGAUAAGUUGCCGCCAACAUCCCUUCCCCCCCCGCUGUGCCACGGUUCAUGACUGCCACCACAGUUCCGUUCACCUACCGAGGGGGUGGGGGCAGACGCUCAUGCACCACAGCAUUCUGGGAAGGAAACUGACAAGAAGGACCUGGGAAGACAGGAUUGUCCCUUUUCCUACCACUCAAGGCGACCUUGCACAGAGACUUGUUUGCUCAAGCCUGACUGAAAUUCGCACCCAUAAUGUACAAAUGUUAUUUUUUUGAUCAAAGCAGUCGACACUGUAUACAUGAGACCCUAACGCAUCAACACGGAGCGAUACAUAGUGUAUACACGUUCAGAUUUAAAGAGCAGAAAGAUUGAAGAGCUUUGUUGUACUGCGGGAGUGAUUGGAGAAAGAAAGACGAAGGAAGCCAAUUUUGUCGGUCCUCAUCAACCUCAGCACACGCCAAAUAUCCCUUUCUUCCUCACGCGUUGAUUUUUCUUUUUGUCUUUGCUUUGUUCCCCACCACUUGUCUUUUGAUUUUGUUUUUUUGCGUCAAUAGCUGUGAAUUAAAGUUUUGUGCUUUUUCAUGUUCAGCAUUUUUUAUUUUUAUUUUGUUCACUUCCUGCCUACUGUUUCAACAGCAGGCCUCAGUAUUAAGCUAAACCCACCCUGCUGUUUCACGUUUUUGGGGUUUUAUUUUGUAUUGUUUUUCCCUCUCUCUACUUCAUAAGCGGCGUCUCUCUGGUUUGGAGAUGACCUGCAUUCAUUGUUUUUCAACCAGUCUGGUCUUGCUAGUUCAUCAGUGCUGGUGCUCUGUGGGAAACGGGAAUGUUUUCCCAUAAGCUCCUGGGAACAUGUCCCCCUCCCACCCCCCUUUCCCCCCCAGUACUGUCCAUCCCAGUGGCCAAACUGGAUUUUAUGCUGCUACACACACACAAAAUUAAGGUGGAACUUUAACUGGCUGUGACGUUUUAGUCCCAGACGAAAUUCUAAACAAAAGUUACUUGUAGAGUUUGAACUUGUAAAAACGACACAAACAAACGUACCAACAAAAGCAAGAUAUUGACAUUACAGCUUCUCUUUUUUUUGCCACUGAAACUUGAGCCAAAUGUGCCUCUACGAGGCGUAGAGGAGGGAGAAUGUCUGUCAAAGAGACGGGUUUGUCUGCUGAGAUGAAACGACGGACAAGUAGAAACUAUUUUGCGCGUGUUUGCGAGCAUGACUGGAUGUGUGUGCGGGUGUGUGUUUGAGCAAAUCACACAUUCCUUGGGACAAAAGCUCUGUCAGCUGUGUGGAAAUGUAUGCUUCGGCGAAAAGAAUACCGUUCUUGUUUUUAAUUAGUUAUAAAAACGAGAUUGUUGAAACCGACGUUAAGUUACAGAAUAAAAGGUGGUCUUAGUGUACAGAAAUGGACAUCCGAUUACGUUUUAAGUGCUAGAGCUAACCUGGUUUUCUUGGUGACGCUCAUGGAUUUUGUUUUUUGUUCUUUUUUUUUUUUUCUUUUGUUGUUUUUUUUUUGUUUUGUUUUUUUUGAAUGGUAAAGCAGCUUCAUAGAUAAACAGGACGUAACCGCAUCCGUAGCCAAACGAUUCGUCUCAUCCUCCAAGUCACAACUCAAGCUGAACUGUGAAAGUGGUUUAACACUGUAUAUUAAAAGAAAAAACAAUCUUGUUCUUUUUCCUGUUCUUUUCUUUUUUCAUUUCUUCCUGUUUAAUUUAUGAUCUGGUUUGAGAAAUCAGAUGUUGGAGCUGUUUUAUUUUUUCAGUUUGUGUAAACUGCCUGGCAUAACAGACAGCUAAAAAAGAAACCUUAAAGGGAUUGUGUAUUUUGUUUGAUUCAUUUAGAAUUUUUAUUUUCUUAUAACUUAAGUGCAAUAAAAUGUGGGUUUUUCUUUGUUCAUUUCAA